AUAUAGAGAGAGACGAGAGUCGAUCAACAACAGGGUGUUCGCAUCCUCACCUACCCCUCCCGAUUUCUCGGCACGAUCAUCUAGCGGAGAUUACAAUAGCAGCAACAGCGGCAAAACACGUGGGGAAAGCAACAGGGGUGAUAGUGUCGAUGGCUCCAGAAAAGAUCAGCAUGAUGAUCCGAAAUCUUCUAGUCCCCUGAAUCCUCCUUCUGUCGGUCCACCUCCAUCUGUCAGCAAAUCGUCUCCGUCCACUCCGCCGCCAUCACCUUCCAGCAACCCUUCCGCGUUCUCCAGCAGGCCGGAGUCUCUGAAACAGAAUCAAAUACCACGCCCGGUUAAAAGCGGCCCGGGACAAGGAGGCGUGGUUAAAGCCAACACACAGUAUGGAUUGGUAGAAGAUGGUAGUAUGCAGGAGUAUAACCGAUCUUCCAAUGGAGGAGCAGCCAACUUUCCUGUAGCCGUUGUAGGUUCUACGAUUCCGCCGUCUAGACCAUUUUCCAACCCUCCCCCGUUUCGGCCUCCUCCUAGUCCAGUAGCCGGGAUUGACAUGCAGCUUAGGCAGCAGCAAGAGCAAGGACAGCGACCGAAACCCGCAAUGGACUCCGAAUGGAUCAACUUCAUGUCCCCGGACUGGUAUCCAGUCAAGCCAAUCUGGCAGGGUACUGAGCAGUGCGUUCUGGAGCAAAAGGACCUCCUCCUCUCGCUUCCCCGUCUCUGGAGAAUGAUGCUGCUCAGCGAUGGCUCAGUUACCCGCCAUGUGGAGCUCCUGCUGGGGGAGCAAGUCACCGUGGAUUGUGUGGAGAUGCGCGGUAUUGGUCAUGCACUUCUGGGUUUGCCUCCUGGCACAGCGCUGGUGCCCGGACCACGAGUUCAGAGACAGGUCCAUUUGAAGCCUGCUUCCGGCGAGGUAUUGGUGUAUGCUGCCUCUUGGUGGGCGGCAGAGGAGGUAAAGUCAGCACUACCAGCUGUGCAGCAGCCUGUAUGGAAGACCUUGCAGCAGCAGAGGACAGAACUCUUUCGCUCACUAGAGCGACUGUAUUAUGGGACCUCUCCUCAUCUAGAAAGCGGUCGUUUUUCUCCAAACGCGCGUCUCUACGGCAUCGCAGCCUUGGGAAUGUCGCGGCUUGUAACAGGGCUCAUGGUGCUGAUGCUGCUGGCAGCGGUAGUCCCUAGGCCGACUUUCGCCGCUUCUCGGCACGAUGGGAUUCUGCAGUGCCCUGCCGGCAACAGCACUGGCGACCUCUUCCUCCCAGCCUUAGAGGCAGGCGCUGUUGCUGCCGGCACCGUGCCUUGGCACACCACCAGGGGGAAGUUUCUGCUGCUGCACUGCGUGCGAGGCCAGAUCAGCAACCGGGUUCUCUGCAUCAAGAAUCACCUGCUGCUAGCCGGCCUGCUCGGCCGCACGCUCAUAGUGCCAUUCCACCACUCAGAGGUGGUGCGCAACUACAACAUGCACGUGGCUCUCGACGUGGAGCACCUCAGGCGCUGCUUCGGCAAGGUGGUGUUCACCACAGCAGAGUAUCGGCGCAAGUAUGUGAAGCCGAUCAAUGUGACGGAGGUGGUGUGCUGGCACGGGCCCAAGGGCGCGUGCAGGGAGGAGGACAAAGAAUUAUUGCUCAACUGCCCGGCGCCUGAGACCAUGAACACCCCGGCCUCAGUCCUGGUUGGAGGGGACGGAGAGGCUCUCAGAAAGAUCGGCAAGCCGGGGUUUGUGUUCAACACGCGGGUGCGCAUCACCCGCACGCUCUUCAGGGGGCAGCUCACCCGCUUGACAGGCAACCACACGGCCCUUGCGGCAUGCCUGCCCAUGGCGGCUUCCAAGUCACAGGUCCUAGAGGCAUAUGGAAACAACCAGUCUCCGGUACUAGUGGUGGGGGACUUAGUCAACAUUCACUUCACAGAGUGGCCUGAGAGCGACGCGGCUCUCGACCUCCCGUUCGAGCGCUCAAGCGAAUGCCCCACGGCGCUGCUCAUCAAGCCGGCAGCAGCCAUGUUCUUUGCAGCCGAGCUGUUUGUGCGCGAGACGUUUCAGCGCGAGCGGUUUGUCGGCAUGCACUGGAGAAGAGGGGACUUCAAGGCCUACUGCUUCUGGCACGGACCCAAGAACGCAUGUUACUUCCCCGUACAGCAGGUGGCGUAUUGGGUGUAUCGCAAGAUGAGGGAGCUGGGCAUCAACAACCUUUUCCUCGCCACCAAUGCCAAGCAUGCCGAGGAGCCGUCCGAUGAAGAAUCGGACGGUGAUGGAGGCGGGGACUUCGGAACCAUGGUUAUGAAACCUGGAAGCAGACGCGAAAGCGGCGGCGGCGGUGGUUGGCGUGGGGGAGGUGAUAAUAAGGGGGGCCAGUAUGCAGGGGAUAGUGACGAGGAAGGGGGAGGGGAUUUCGGAACGAUGGUGAUGCGGCCACGUGGCACGCGACGAGACGACGAUGACGGGAGUGGUGUGGAAUCGGACGGUUCAGAAGGAGGGGAUUUUGGAACCAUGGUGGUGAGUCGCGGAAAUAAAGGAAGCAGCGGGAGGGGAAGGAGAAGGGACGAGGAGGAGGAGGAGGAAGACGAGGAUGAUAAUAGCGGGGAUUUCGGAACAAUGGUGGUGAGCAGAGGGGGUGGAAGGCGGAAGGGGGGGCGAGAGGAGGAGGAAGAGGAGGAAAGCGAGGAAGGGGAUUUUGGAACGAUGGUGGUUAGUAGGAAGAGUGGAGGAGGAGGGGGGAGGGGAAGAGCGGAAAGAGAGGAGGAAGGGGGAGGGUUGGCAGCAGCAGCUGCUAGCAUGCGAGCUCAGAUGGGGAGGGGUGGUGGGGGGAGAAGGGGAGGAGGGGGAGGAAGAGGAGGGCGGAGGAGAGAGGAGGAGGAGGAAGAGGAGGAGAGUGAUGGAGAUGGGGACUUCGGAACGAUGGUUGUGAGUAAAACGAAGGGUAACAGGAGGCGAGAAGAGGAGGAAGAGGAAGAAGAGGAAGAUGAGGAGGGUAGUGAAGAGGGGGAUUUUGGUACGAUGGUGGUGAGCAAGUCGGCCAAAAAAAAAGGGCGGUGGCGAAAGGAAGAGAGCGAAGAGGAGGAAGAGGGGGACUUUGGAACGAUGGUUGUUUCGAAACGGCGAGGCCGCAGCGACGACGAGGAGGAGGAGAGCGAUGAGGAGGAUGAUGAGGAUGAGGAGGAGGAAGAAAAUCAGUUUGGCACUGUGGUGGUAUCUGGGAAGAGCAAGGGGGGAGGGCGGAGGAAGAAGGGGGGGAAAGGAGGGAAGGGGGAGAAGGACGGGACUGGGUCUCUGGCAGCGGCAGCAAGGAGCAUGGCAGAGCACAAAGAUGUUGCUCCCAAGGCGAAGAAGGGCGGAGGAGGGGGCGUGGCAGGGUCGAGCAUCCAUGUGUCCAGGGAGGACCCCACACUGAAAUACGAGCUGCUGGAGGAACUGGGCAAGGGUUCAUACGGUUCAGUGUACAAGGGGCGAGACCGCAUUAGCUCAGAGCUGGUGGCUAUUAAAGUCAUUUCGCUGGCUGAAGGGGAGGAGGGAUUUGAGGAGAUAAGGGGGGAGAUCGAGAUGCUGCAGCAGUGCAACCACCCCAACGUCGUGCGCUAUCAUGGCAGCUACCAGGGAGACGACUUCCUGUGGAUCGUGAUGGAGUACUGUGGUGGUGGCAGCGUGGCUGACCUCAUGAACAACACAGACUCGCCUCUUGAGGAGGGCAUGAUUGCCUACGUGUGCCGGGAAUCUAUCAAGGGCCUGGCCUACCUGCACGAGAUAGGCAAGGUGCAUCGGGACAUCAAGGGAGGCAACAUCCUGCUUAGCGACUCGGGGGAGAUCAAGCUGGGAGACUUCGGGGUGGCGGCGCAGCUGACUCGUACCAUGUCCAAACGCAACACGUUCAUAGGCACGCCCCACUGGAUGGCGCCCGAGGUGAUUCAGGAGAGUCUGUACGACGGCAAGGUGGACGUGUGGGCGCUGGGCAUCACUGCCAUUGAAAUGGCCGAGGGCCUGCCACCGCGAUCCAACAUCCAUCCCAUGCGAGUGCUUUUCAUGAUCUCCAGAGAACCAUCCCCCACAUUGGAGGACCCUGAGAAAUGGUCCCUUUUGUUCCACGAUUUCGUGGCCAAGUGUCUGAUUAAGGAGCCCAAGCAGCGCCCCACGACACCAGCACUGCUGCAGCACAAGUUCAUCGAGAGGUGCAAGGACACUGCUGUGGUGCUCAAGAAGCGGAUCGACCAGGCCAAGGCGAUGCGAGAAGAGGCAAAGAAGCAACGGCUAGCUGCCGCAGCUUUGGAGGAGCAGAACAGCGUUUCGGAAGAUUCCAUGGGCACAGGCACAGUGAAGCAGAGGGGAGACGCCAUGGGGGGGACAGUGAAGGCUCGCUCUACACCAUCCGCCUAUGCUGAUGAUGACGAACCUGAUUUCGGCACGUUUGUGAACAAGGACUAUGAGUCUGAGGAUGAGGCCAUGGACACGGGCACGAUGCGCGUCGCCAGGUCAGACGAGCCGUCCGCCAAGUCAGCAGCCGCCACGUCAGCAGCGGAGGGCGUGGAAUCGUCUUCCGAUAACAUCGGCGCUGCGCUGGCGGCGUUGGGCGGGCAGCGCAAGGCCAAGCCGGCCCAGGCCAAGUCCGCCCCGGCGCGCCGAUCAGAGCGCCCUCCUGUCCCGCCGAAGCAGGCAGCAGCAGCGGGCAUGGAGUUAGAGGCGAAGAGGAGAAAGGGCACGGAUUUCUUUGCAGGGGCGAGACAGGCUAUGGAGGAUGGGACGAGGCAGGCCAUUGCUGACAGCACCCGGCCCGCUCAGAGAGCCAGCCCUGGGCUGCAGGAUAAGCUAUCAGCGGUGUAUGCAGCGGGCAACACAGUCCCCAUCCCCUUUCUCCGCGCGUGUGACAUCUCCCCUCUCUCCCUCAUCGCCUCAUCCGGCCCCGACGGGGCUCCCUUUGACCAGUGCGGGCUGGAGGCGAUUCAAGAGCUGUCAGGGAGUGGUGGGCUGGCAGGCAGCAAGGGCGCCAGACGAACACCUGCUGCUGAGGUGCCACUACCCCCCAGUGUGUACCGCAGACUAGCCAACAGCACCACCCUCCCCAAUCUUGCCCGAGCGCUGGCGUACCAUAAACA